AAAAAAGGGAUAGAACUAAUAAGAACUAUAAUAAAGCGGUUAAAAAUAUUAUAUAACGUUAUAAGUAAAUAUAACGAUAAUAUAGAGCCGACGUAUACGUUUAAGUUUAUUUUAAAAAUAAAUAUUAUAAAUAUACGUCUUUUUCUAAGUACUAUUUUCCUAAAUCUAGAGCUGAGUUAG